GCUGUUUGCUGUUCGAGAAUUUUCAGAAUGGGAUGAAUCCUGAGUAACCAUGUGAUUCUGUCACAACAUCCCAGUGUGACUCUGGACAUCUUUGUGCUGUGCUGUUGAUGGGUUUUGCAAAGUCACCAAAAGUUCUGGAAAGCAAAAAGAAAAGUGUGUGUGUGUGUGUGUGUGUGUGUGUUUAUAUCAUUAACUCUUUGGAGUGAACAUGGUGUGUGAUAGUCAGUGGACAGGGGAACUCCAUGCCGACAAGUAGAUGUUACAUUAAAUCUAUUUCAUGUUUUUCCUUUUUGACUGACUCUCUUUAGUGACAGCAAAUGUAUAUGUUUCAUACAUUAAAUAAAAAUGGCAGAGACUUUUGCUUUAAUAAUAACUAGGAUCUGUUAUUUAUAAUAAUCUCUAACUUAAAGAACAAUUGCUACACAGUACUUUAAGGAGUUGCCAGUAAGAGCAAAUUUGAUUGUAUAUUACCAAAAAUGUUGACAUAUUUUUUCUAUCUUCCUGGUUUGGGCCACUCCAUGAAGCAUUUUUAAAAGACCUUGGUGUCUGAUUGGCUGCUAUACAAUCAGGUAAACAUAUUGAUCAUCUACGCUUCUGGUUAAAUAAAAACACUUCAUAAGCUUCUGUUUUGCCCAAAUUAUCCUUGCUCUUUCUUGGAAUGGAAUCUGAAGCUGAAAGCCAAAGGAAAAAAUUCCUUUAUAAUAACGACUAUGAAAAGAAUGAUGAGGUGGAGUUUGUGCGAACUGGCUAUGGGAAGGAUAUGGUAAAAGUUCUUCAUAUUCAACGAGAUGGAAAAUACCACAGCAUUAAAGAGGUGGCAACUUCAGUGCAACUUACCCUGAGUUCCAAAAAAGAUUACCUGCAUGGAGAUAAUUCAGAUAUCAUCCCUACAGACACCAUCAAGAAUACAGUGCAUGUCCUGGCAAAGUUCAAAGGGAUUAAAAGCAUAGAAACUUUUGCUUUGAACAUAUGUCAGUAUUUCCUUUCUUCUUUUUGUCAUGUCAUCCGAGCUCAUGUCUACAUUGAGGAAGUCCCUUGGAAGCGUUUUGAAAAGAAUGGAGCUAAGCAUGUCCACGCAUUUAUUCACACUCCCACUGGAACACACUUCUGUGAGGUGGAGCAGAGGAGGAGUGAGCCUCCAGUCAUUCAUUCUGGAAUCAAAGACCUCAAGGUUUUGAAAACAACCCAGUCUGGAUUUGAAGGAUUCAUCAAGGACCAGUUCACUACCCUCCCCGAGGUGAAGGACCGGUGCUUUGCUACCCAAGUGUACUGCAAGUGGCGCUAUCACCAGAGCAGAGACGUGGAUUUUGAAGCUACUUGGGACACUGUUCGGGACAUUAUCCUGGAAAAAUUUGCUGGGCCCUGUGACAAAGGCGAGUACUCGCCCUCUGUCCAGAAGACCCUCUAUGACAUACAGGUGCUCUCCCUGAGGCAGGUUCCCGAGAUAGAAGACAUUGAAAUCAGCCUGCCAAACAUUCACUACGUUAACAUAGACAUGUCCAAAAUGGGACUGAUCAACAAAGAAGAGGUCCUACUGCCAUUAGACAAUCCAUAUGGCAAAAUUACUGGUACAGUCAAGAGGAAGCUGUCUUCAAAGCUGUGACAUUGUGACCACCAAUAGCAGUCCAUUUUAGCUGAGGAAUUCCUUAAGUCAUUUGUGAUAACCAGCAAUAUGCAAAUAUGCAAAAUUUCAACCCAGCAUAUUAAUUUACAGUAUAUACUUUCUACUCUAUAAAAUAAUUUAUUUCUUUAUACCUAACUCAGCAAAAGGCAUCAUGCAGAUUAUCUUGUUAGUAAUUAUAAUAUGUUUUAUGGAUCGUUUACUUUAAAAAUGCUGAAUAAUAUUAGAACAAUCAUAAAAUGAUAUUUCUUUUGGAUGGUUUUGUUAAUUCCUAUGUUAGAGGAGAUAUUUAAACAUUUUAUUAAAAAUGAUCAUGUAUUAAUGGAGGUCACAUCAAUGAAUAUGAGCACAAGUAUAAAAAACCGCUAUUGGUUUCAUUUUACUGAUGCUUCUAGGUAAUGCAGAAAAUGUAAUUAAACUAUUCUGAAAAUUUCA